UCCGUUGUGCAGCUGUGCUUCCUAAUCGCCGAGCUGCCAAGUCAGCUGGUGAGCAAGAAGGUCGGGCCGGAUGUAUGGAUCCCUUGCCAGAUGGUUCUUUGGAGCAUCAUAUCGCUCGCGCAGUUUUGGCUGAGUGGGCGCGCUUCGUUCUUGGCAACGAGGCAAGCUGUUGCUAAUGACUCUACCUCUCACUUCCCGCUAAUAUGUUUAUUAGGCUUUGCUCAAGGUGGUUUCAUUCCCGAUGUUGUGCUCUAUCUCUCGUAUUUCUACACUACCAAAGAACUUCCGAUUCGCCUGGCAUGGUUCUGGGUUUCUAAUUAUUUGGCUUCCAUCGCCGGUGCAUUCAUGGCGACAGGUCUCCUCAAGCUGGGCAGUGCUGGCGGCAAGGCUGGAUGGAGAUAUCUUUUCCUAAUCGAGGGAGGCCUGACUUUACUCGUCGGCUUAUGCUCGUUCUUCAUGAUGCCACCCGGUCCCACCCAGACAAAAGCUUGGUACCGUCCGAAGGGAUGGUUCAGUGAGAAGGAAGAGGUCAUCAUUGUCAAUCGUGUAUUGCGCGACGACCCAACAAAGUCCGACAUGCAUAAUAGGCAAGGCCUGAAUGUCAAGAUGAUUCUCUCGGUCCUCACCGAUUGGAGACUCUGGCCGCUCUACAUUCUCGGUCUGCUUCAUAUGGUUCCUGUCACGCCUCCGCAAACCUAUCUUACGCUGUCACUUCGCAACCUUGGCUUCAACACGACACAGUCCAACUUGCUCAGCGUCCCCUCGACAGUACUUGGCGGCCUCAUGCUGCUUCUUGCGUGCUACUUUAGCGAGCUUGUCAACAGCCGCGUCGCGGCAACAGUCGUUCUGCAGAUAUGGGCGCUGCCGUUGCUCAUCGCCCUAUAUACUUUCAAUACACAGACGUCGCAGUGGGUGUAUUACGCGGUCGUAACACUUAUUACAGGCUAUCCGUACGUGCAUCCCGUGCAGGUCGCAUGGGCGUCGUCCAACUCGUCGAGCGUACGGACGAGAACAGUCUCAGCAUCGAUAUAUAACAUGUUCGUCCAGGCUGGAGCUAUGAUUGGGGCGAAUAUCUAUCAAACCGACGAUCAACCGCUGUACAAGCGAGGCAACCGCGUUCUGAUAGGGAUAUGCGCAAUGAACAUUGUACUGUACAUCUUUACAUACUUCUUCUACCGCACACUCAACAAGCGGAGGGAGAGGGUAUGGAACUCCUGGACACCAAAGGAACAACAAGACUACCUUGAUACAACUGAAGAUCAGGGAAACAAAAGGAUGAACUUCCGAUUUGUGUACUAG